ACAUCAUUGUUCCAGAAAGAUCCAGGCCCGUCUCUGUGGUGGUCACCAGUGGUGUAUAUAAGCGGACAGGCAGGACAGGCACCAGGUUGUAUUUGAGGUGCUGUUUAGAGAAAAAAUGGACAUCGCCAUCCAGCAUCCUUGGUUCCGCCGCUCCUUCUGGCCAUCCUUCUUUCCCAGCCGGAUCUUUGACCAACAUUUCGGGGAACACAUUUCAGAGAGUGAUGUUUUGGCACCCUACCCUUCGCCAUACUUUCCACGCCUUUCCUUCUUUCGCUGGCCAAGCUGGGUGGACAGUGGGCUCUCUGAGAUGAAAAUGGAAAAGGACCGUUUUACAAUCAGUUUGGAUAUAAAGCACUUUGCACCUGAGGAACUGGCAGUAAAGAUCUGUGGAGAUUACAUUGAAGUUCAUGCCAAACAUGAGGAUCGCCAGGAUGACCACGGGUUUGUCUCACGAGAGUUUCUCCGAAAAUAUCGUGUCCCAGCUGGAGUUGACCCAGCCAGUGUCACGUCAUCUCUCUCUUCUGAUGGCGUCCUGACCAUCACGGCACCUCGCAAGCCCUCUGAUGCCCCCGAGCGCUCUAUUGCCAUCACUCGUGAUGACAAGUCUGGAGGGUCUGGCACACAGAAGAAGUAAAGCUGCAACAUGUUAUCAAAUCUGUCAUCCCUGUGUUUCCCCUGCUGAUCCACUGCGUUCCCCUGCACUUACACUCCACUAUUGGGCCUACCAAGCAUUGGAGAGAAAGAGUCAAGAUUGACCUGUUCACUCUAUGGCUAGAAAGUUUCUCUUUUCCAUCCAUAAGAUAAAAAUGGCAUUGUCCAAUUGGCUGGUAGAUCUAAACCAUUUACACCGCUGGAGUUUUGUUUGCACUAUGUGGCCGCUAAUCAUAGAAGUCAUCCACCAAACAAAAGGGCUCUUUGUCUUUCAGGGCCAGUCAAACCCAAACAAUGGCUGCACAGAGUUUGUGAGGGUUUGCAUGUAGGAAGCCUGAGCUACUGAGCAUUCGUUGUGAUGAAAACAAGAAAGAAUAGUGUGAUUAGAAUUUCUAAACCUAUAAUCUCAUAUUUCAAAGGAGUGCAUGGUUUUGACAUUCUUGUGUUUCAAAUGUAUAGACUGGGAGGUGACGUUCUUUGGUAUGAGAAAAGGAAGUUUAUUCAGUGAUUUGAUGUUUCCUGUUCACAGUGAGCUUGGGACCAGGCAAUACGGAGAGAUCAGGUGCAGGUAGUGAGGAAAGAGGAAAUGCUGUUCUGAAGAAAAUGACCUCUUUCUGUUCCUUAACGUAUGUUGUUCCAGGUUUGUUUACUGCUCCUGUAUGACGUGUGGUGACUGGAAACUUGCUGGUAACUUAAUGAUAGUGGUUUUGAAAGCAUGACAACAAAACCAAAGAGAGUUGAUCAGAUUCUUAAGGAAUGUGUCUAUUCACUUUUGUCUUACAUUUACAUGUGAUACUGAAAGUGGGUAUGCCAGUGGGUGUGUAUGUACAAAUGUUUGGGAUGAUGCAUGAUGAUACGCGAGUAUACCAUAUAAUGAGUUAGUGUUAUUUUGUUUUACCAUGGCAACGCCUCACAAAAGCAACACCAACAAAGCUGCUAAACUAACUCUAACUGAUUCAUUCAUUUUGUAACGAUGCAUGGUACAAAGAAAACAGGUUUUCAUACAGCAAAUUCCUCAUGUUCCCUGUGUUUACCAUUGCAUACUAAAUACCAAAGAGGAACAAAUGUGGGGGAGCACACAAGUCGGCAUUUGAGUCAAGGUGGCCUUUUACACUGUUCUGGUCCCAGCAUUUCCUUUCCAAUGUUAUUUUGAGAUGAAAGGUAAUAAGAGCAAAUUACUAAACUGGUCUCGGAUCAGUGAAAAAGGCCUACAUCCUACUGUUUUGUUAGUUCCCUGCUUUAACAUUCCUGACUAUUCACACCACGCACAUCAAGCGAAAUGUAGCCACAACAGUUUCCAUGUGUAUACGGAUGGCUACAAGCUAAUAAUAAAUCUGUGGUCAUUUAAAGAUGAAA